UUCAACCUGGGACAUAAUCGCUCCAUUCUGGACUGAUUUUGACAACAGAUUUACUGGUCUGGUCUACUACAAACAAUAUGCAACUGGCAACAUCCUCAACCAAGCAACAGAGGACAUUAAUAAUUACUUCCCACAGUUUAACUUUACUGCAAGCUGGGUGUUUGUAGCAACUUGGCAUGAAAUACCCUACUGGCUAAAUUAUGAUGCAGUAAGUUUUAUUUUCUUAGUUUGAUGAUGAAUAUGGUUUAAACUAAAUGUCAUAUCACAAAAACAAUAAAUUGUUAAUUUUUUUCAGCGAACAACAGUCCAGGCUGUCUUGAUCUCUGGAGGCCAAUACUCCUUUGUGCUGAUGAACUACGGGAAUAUAUCCCUAAACAGAUGGAACGUACAGGUUGGAUACGACACAAUUAAUUCCACUCACCAUCUCACUGUUCCUGGAUCUUUCUCCAGUAACGCUUCAGGCAAUUAUUCAGUUUUCAGCCUCAACAGUAACGUCAAUGUACCUGGUCGCUGGGCUUUCCGACUGGAUCAUGGAUCAAGAGGCUGCACUUUCAACAAUUUACCUGUUCAACUUGGUGACUCUUUCUGGAGUGACAGCACCUGUGCACAGAAGUGCACCUGCACCAGAGCAGGGCUGCAAUGCUCCAACAAUCCCUGCUCCUUCUCCCAA